AUUUUACGUAAUGGGUACCUGCUGCACAAAGUCUUCACAUGCAAGUGAACAAGCUAAAAAGAAAAAGUCUACACCUAGAAGUCUUGUAACAGAUCAGAGUAUAAAAUAUUCAAAACAUAAGAGGCAGAAGAAGGCUAAAACUCAUAGGGAAGAGAAGAUCGAUUACUCCGAUUUCAGAAACAACCCAAUUCUGAAGCCUGCUCCUCUAGACCUUCGUCAAGAGGGAAGACUUACUAGAGGUGAAAUGGGUCUUUCAAUGGCUGCUGCUUCUAAACAAGAAAAUAUAAAGCCUAAGGAAGAUGAAAGCAACCAAGUUGUCAAAUUCGGUGAUGACAUGAAGAACCUUAAUGAUACUAUAACAGAAAGCCAAAUCUCUGAAAGCACCAAGCACAAAAAAGUCCAAGACGUAAUAGUCUCAUUCAAGCCAACAGGUCUUGACCAAAAGCCUGGAUCUUUAGGCACAUUCCACAUGUCUUUCGGAGGAGAUGUCCUCGCCCAAAAUGCGUCACCUAUGACCAAGCUGACUUCGACUAUUACAAAGGAGUCUAACUCGACUGAGAACACUAGUCAUGAGGGCAGCAGUUCUAUAUCAAAACGGCAGGAGGCUUAAUUUUAACCUAUUUUUACCUAACAAUUUUUGCAUAUCAUUCGUCUC